AUUUAAAUGACUCAAGAAUUUUCUUUCCAAAGAAUAUCUACUUCGUAAAUGUAAACAGUUGAAUUGAAAAAAAAGUAUAUUCUCCAAAAGAUUUUAGGCUAUGGUCAAUAUGGGUAUGUUUUUAUUCUUAUUCUCAGAACUGUAUAUAAAGGUGUAAAUUAACGCACCCAAGAAACAGUUGCUAUCAAAGAAUUGCGCCAUAGCUAUAAGGAUUAAGGGGUUUGCUAUAUUAUUUAAUUCAAGAUUAAUGUACAGGCCUUAAGAGAAAUUGAAAUACUUAAAUCCAUCUAAUGCCAACAGAUUGUCUCCUUUAAAGAUUUAGCUUGUGGAGAGAAUAGAACUUUUAUAAUUAUGGAAUAUAUGGAAGAGGACUUACUUACAGCCUUAAAAAGAGAUACCUUCUCCGAACAAUAGGCCAAAAUGAUCAUGUUAUAAGUGCUUCAAGGUUUGGCCUACCUACACAACAAAGGAAUCAUCCAUAGAGAUAUCAAACGUAUGAUCUUAUUUAACAUUUUCAGCUAACAAUAUUUUAAAUAAAAAUUUGGAAAUCAAAAUUUGUGAUUUGGGAAUGGCUCAGAAUUUAAAAAAACUCAAGCCACAAACACCCCGAAUUCAAAAUCAUUCCUACAGGGCUCCAGAAGUGUUCCUUGGUUUAUUAAAUGACUAAUAUUAGGUUAAAAAUAUUGCUCUAAGGUUGAUGUUUGGUCUGCAGGUGUGCUAUUUAUUUAAUUGCUCUUUAAAAGCAAUCCUUUCUAAGGGUCAUCUGAACACUCAUGCUUUCAAUAAAUCCUUAAAUACUGUGGAACUCCCUAGGAAGGUAUUUUUCUUAAAGAUAACAUAGAAAAUUGGAACGGAGUGACUUCGCUCAUAAAUUACUCUACUCUCAUAAAAGAAGAUCCACAACCAAGAAUACUUUAAACCUUACUUGAGAAAAAAAUGUCUCCAUUACUAAUCAAUCUUAUUGAUUCCAUGCUUACUCUUGAUCCUUCUUAAAGAAUAACUGCUUAGGAUGCUCUUUAGCAUCCUUAUUUUUGUGGAAUGAAUAUUGAAAGGUAUUUUAUCUUAAUUAAUCCUUAUUACACAGAUGCCUUAAUAAAAUAAAUGCUAGCCGAAAAAAAGGCAAAGCUGAAUAAUAAACUAAAACAGAUGUCCUUAACUAUCCUAAUGGAAACAAAAUCAUUGUAGUUUCGUAAAUCUUCCAAAAAAGCUAAAAUUGCUUUUGAUUACUCAUUAAUUUUGUUUUCUCUUAACUCUGUUUAUUAAAUUAUUAUAAGUUUUCCAUAAGUUUUUCAUAAUUUAUAAUAACAAAAAUAGAAUUUGUCUACAACAUCAAGAAAUCAGAUUUAAAGACUCUAUGUAAUUGAUUUAAAUCAUAAAAUUGAUAUAAAAGAGUACAAUCUAGAAUAAUCGAUAGUAUUGGCAUUUCUUGAGAAUUUAUCGACUCUAAAUUGUUAAUAUUGCAUCUUCCAUUAAUGA